UUUGUUUUCUUUCAUUCUAUUCCCUAAACUAAACGCUUGUUCCAUUUUUAACCACACUAUAUUUAGAACCAAACCAAAAACUAAGAAACACAACAUCAUCGUUGAAUUGAAAAAACAUAAAUAAGAAACUACCUUAUUUUUGUGUGUGACUCAUUGUUCGUAUCUAUUACGCUUUCAUCUCUAAUUAUAGGCAAAGAAAACAGGAAUGAGAUAAAAAACAUGUAUCUCAUGAUGUUUUUUGUGAGAUUGCAAUGUUUUCAAUCUCUUUACCCUUUUAUAUGAAAGGGGUUGUUUGCAUUUCAGGUUAAACUGAACCGAAUCAAACCAAACCUGGUUGAAAGUUUGAAGAAGAAAAAAUAACAAUGGCAUCUCCUGGUGUUGAAAUUGCGUCUUCUUCACCGUUUGGUUGUGUUCUGAGAGAUCGCAAUCACCGCGAUGGAUAUCGAGAGAAACAUGGUGCUUUUCAGAGAAACAUUAAGAACUUUGUUAUGGAUCAUCUUAACACGUGCAUUUCCAUGUCUUCUGAUUCUCAAACAACAAAUGAAAACAACAACGAGGGUCAAAUCAACAGCAACAAAAACAAGGAUGAUGGUUCUUCUUGGGUUUCGAAACCUGGCAACAAUCUUGCAAAGAUUCGUUUGACAAGAAACAAUCCCAAUGAAAUUAUCAACAACAACAAAGAUGAAUCGAGCUUGGCUUCGUUGAUUAGCCCGAGGCAUUCGCGGCUUCUUGAUCGAUGGGCUGCGAAGCAAGCUCGUGAGAUGGUGUCGACGUUGGAAAAUGAAGCUGAGUUGUUGUCGAUAGACAACGUCAAUGAUGACAUGCCUAUAAGGACAACUAGUUCUACUACCUCUGAUGAAUGUUCUUCGGAGAUACCGAACCUUGGUGCGUCUUCGCUUGUUCAGAUAUGGGAAAAAAGGCUUAACCAAACAAGUGUUUCUAAACCCAAUACUCCAAUGGAGAAAACAAGUCCAAAUUGUGGUACAAGUGCGUCUUGCAACAAUGAGAAUGUGUUUGUUGUGGUAGAACAAAGAGGGUCGGAAAUUGGAGAGUGUCUUGAAGGGCAGUUAUUAGGGAACGAAGAAUUUUCUUCCCCUGAUUGGGAGUCUGAUAAGACGGGUGACCAAAGUAGGUGGUGUUCGUCGGAGAGUGAUAGAGUCAGUGUUGCUGAUAUCAUAAAGAAACUCACUGCUACGAGCCAAACUCAGAGUCCAACUCCAUAUUUUGGGGAUGAAAAUGACAAUGAAGGGUGUGGUGGUAAUAGCAGUGUGGCAUGUUCUCCUUGUAAAGAUUCUGCACCAGAACUUUCAGACCAAAGAGCUGUUCCUCAGGUGACGUGUUCGCCAGGAAUUAGAGGGCGUCGAGCCUUCAAUGAUUUGUUUAUGCAGUUGGAGAAAGAUCGACAUGGGGAGCUAAAGAACCUGGCUGAACGUGGAACUGUCUCCAAGUUCACACAAAGAGGUCGCAUUCAGGCAUUACUACGACAUAAAUCGUCACAACAUGACGAGGCAGCUAAUAUUCUACCGGACCAGAAAUCAACAUCAUCUGAAGUAAGCAAACAAGUACAAUCACAGGGAUCUACAAUUAUGCAACUAAGGGAAAAAUUCAUCACUGGUGUGGAACAAAGAGGUACAGUUGAGGCAGAGGUAGCGAAGACACGAAAUCCUCGCAAGGAGAUAGGAAACAACAUCACACAAUUAGAAAACUCUUCCACCACUGGUCAACUCAACAAAGACGCAAGCAGUGAGAUUGCUCAUGGAACUACGAGUCACGCCAUCGAAUUGACUCAAAAGUCAGUGUCUCUUACUAGAGAAAAAGAUCAGCCAAGUUCAAAAAUCAAAUCUCAAGAAACAUGUUUUGAGGCUCAGAAUGAGUAUGCCAAGGAAACUUCUGAGGCAGCUACGUUGAUGACUGAUUCAAAUGUUAAUGAGAAAGAGGAAGAGGAAAUUAGCCAGCAAUAUGAUGAAACCGGUUAUGAUUGUGCAGCAGAUGAGGAGGGAAGUGACCAGAACUAUGCUGAAAGCAUUUGUGAAGAGAUGGUGGAUGAGAACUAUGAUGGAAAUAGUUAUGACUGGUUCAGCGAAAUUUCUCGGCCGAGAAGCUAUUGGGAAGAGCGAAGGCAGGCUUGGUAUAAAGAGAUGCAAGACACCGGUUCUCCAAAGAACGAUAUACAAGUGCUUCUUCAAAGAAGGACAGUGUCGACUUUCCUUUCGAGUGACUUCCGAGAAAAAAUGGACAGAUUGAUGCAUUCUCAUAAGGGAACACAAACACAUCUGGUCACUAGUCAGGAUGAUGAGAUAGACAACGAAGCGCUGAUGGCGUUUUUCAAAGAACACCUGCAACCUGAAAGAACUCCUCGAGAAAAUGAAAUAGAGAAAACCGUAAACGAGGAGGAGGAAGAAGAAGAAGAAGAGAAGCAAGAUGAGAAAGAGCAUGAAGAGGAGCAAGGGGAGAGCUUGGUAAGCGAUUCGUAUCAUGAAGUCGGAGACUAUUCAAAUCAAUCCUUAUCAUGGAGCUAUAGAGACAAUGAAGCUGGUGACGAUUUCGAUAGAGUUGCUUCUACAUCAUCACAACAACCUUAUCAGUCUCCCUCUUUCUAUCACGAAAAUACUCAGCAAAACUCCCCGCCUAUCAACCACCAUUCGAUCGAAAUGGAAAUCAUAUAUAAUAUGAGAGGACACAUGGAGCAACUUUAUCAAGAAAUGUCUGAACUAAGGAAAUCAAUAAAGAGUUGCAUGGAUAUGCAGAUGCAGAUGCAGUUACAGGAAAAGAAGUCACAUGACAAAGCUGAUAAGAAAGAUAACUGCUGCAUUUGCAAUGAGAUGAAAGUUGACUCGGUUUUUUACAGGUGUGGACACAUGUGUGCAUGUCUGAAGUGUGCCAAUGAGUUGCAAUGGAAGAAAGGAAAAUGUCCAAUAUGUAGGGCUAAAAUAGACGAUGUUGUUCGAGUGCAUGUUGAAGCAUAGACUGUCACGGUUGAAAGAGUAUCUUACUUUAGAACACUAGACUUGAUUUUCUCCUUUCCACGUAUACUUUCCAAGUAUAUGAUUUUUUUAGGAGAAUUUAGGUUGAAAAAUCAGGGUACAUCUUAUAGUUUUAAUCUAACCUUUUUUCCUUGCUGCAAUAUAAGUUCGUGUUGCGGCGGAUUUUUAUUAGCAGAUACGUGUUGUAAAUAAUGUAUUUAUUAUUUUUAGUGCUUGUAUAUUAUUUAUAAUUAAAAUAUAAGUAAAUUUCAACUUUUA